AUGCAAGACUUCAAAGAACGCCAGCUCGUUACCGACCCCCAAAAGGCGUUUCACUUCACCGAUCUCCAAAGACUGAAGCCAACGCGUGCAAACGAUCCUUACGAAUACCAAGCAGGAUGGGGAAAUCGACAUCAGUCUGAGGUCAUUCCUGGCACUCUACCUGUCGCUCAGAACAACCCUCACGAAGUCCGGUUUGGACUUUACACUGAAGGCAUUACGUAUUCAGCGUUCGCAGCUCCACGUGCACACAACUUCAGCACUUAUAUGUACCGGUGUCGACCAGCAGCUGCUCACAAGGGUUACAUUCCUAUCGAGACAAAGUCCAACAUCACAAACUGCUUUUUGUCCAUCAAUCCCAAGGUCGAGACGCUUCCCGAGCAAGCAGAAUGGCGUCCGUUCCCACUGCCAAAAGACGAUGAGAAGAUUGACUUCGCUGAUGGCCUGCAUACUCUCUGCGGUAGCGGCGACCCAAACAUCAAGGAGGGUCUUGCGCUAUACGUGUAUAUGAUCAACUCCAGUAUGGAGCAGCGAGCAUUCUGCAAUACCGACGGUGACUUCCUCAUCUGCGCCCAACAGGGUAAUCUAGAUAUCAAGACAGAGAUGGGCAAGAUUUUCCUACAGCCCGGUGAGAUCUGUGUCAUCCAGCGCGGCAUCCGCUUCUGCCUCAAUCUAGCACCGGGCACGCCAGUGGCGCGUGGCUACAUCACAGAAGUCUGGGGUUCUAUGUGGGAGCUUCCUGAUCUCGGCCCACUAGGCGGCCACGGUCUUGCCAAUCCUCGCGAUUUCCUCUACCCGGUAGCUGCUAUCGAUGAUGAUUUGCAUGUCGAUUGGCAGAUUGUCAACAAGACGAAUGGUCAGCUCGUGGCGAUCCAACAAGACCACAGCCCCUUCGACCUUGUCGCAUGGCACGGCAAUGUCGUACCUUACAAAUACGAUCUGACGAAGUUCUCGUCACAGAACAGCACAUCUAUCGACCACACGGAUCCUUCGAUCUUCACAGUACUCACAGCUAAGUCCCGCGAUCCCAUGACACCACUCGCAGACUUCCUCUGGUUCGGCCCAAGAUGGGAUGUUGCGACCAAUACUUUCCGGUUACCAUACUUCCACCGCAAUUCCGCGUCAGAGUUCCUUGCCUGUUUAUACGGACAAGGUCUUGGACGAAGCGACGACUUCCAGCCCGGCGGUGGUAGUUUCGAGGGUGGCCACACGCCUCACGGUGGAUUCCAUGAGGGUUACCAGCACGGCAUGCGGAUACACGAGAGCCAGCCCGAGAAGAUACUGACUGAACAAUUGACCAUCAUGGUCGAAUCGAGCCGUCUAUUCCUCUUUACCGAGUACGCUCGUCAAGGCUGCGGAACAAUCGAGACCCACGGUACCGAUUACAAGGUCUGGGAUGCUCUUCCGGACCGCUUCUCCGCCAACAAGAGAGCCCAGGAGUUGCUUGCCCGGAUCAAAGACGACAAGAUCGCCGAGAAGAAGAGACUUGCACCAUACUACUUUGGUGGCUUCUCACAUGGCGCAAACACCAGCGACACGGAUGGUGUCCACGCGGAGGAGCUCAAGCAAUAUUUGAGCCCCGAGUCAAAGACCAAUGGGACGAACGGCGUCUGGAGUAAGAUCAUGUCGUAUUCUCUUGGAGCUGUCGCGAAAGCGGCUCAACGCGCGCACUUUCGACAUGCGGCUAAUCGGAUCGCGAGUCGAACGUCGCAAACAUGGAGGAGGGACAUUGCAACCAAGAGCGACGUAGACAAGCGGAUGGUUGAGAAACUACCUUUAGCUGGCAUCAAAGUACUGGAUAUGACGCGGGUGCUUGCAGGACCAUAUUGUACACAGAUUCUUGGAGAUCUAGGAGCGGACGUUAUCAAGAUCGAGCAUCCUACAAGAGGCGACGACACGAGGUCCUGGGGUCCACCAGAUGCGCCCUAUACCGAUGGCAUCGAACGCCAAUUCCCUGGCGAAAGCGCAUACUACCUAUCUGUCAAUCGCAACAAGAAGUCGGUCGGGCUAGCUUUCAACAACCCCACCGGUAUCUCCAUCCUCCAUAGACUAGCCCAAGAAUGCGAUGUCCUCGUCGAAAACUAUCUCCCCGGAUCACUCGCAAAGUACCAGCUCGACUACGCGACGCUUGCGAAGCUCAAUCCCUCUCUGAUAUACGCGUCUGUCACCGGCUAUGGGCAAACAGGGCCAUACCGCGACCGCGCGGGCUACGACGUCAUGGUUGAGGCCGAGAUGGGCUUGAUGCAUAUCACUGGCGAGCGCGACGGGCCCCCAGUCAAGGUCGGCGUGGCGGUGACGGAUAUCAUGACCGGGAUGUACACUGCGAUCGGCAUACAAGCAGCGUUGUAUUCGCGGAAAGAGACCGGCUUAGGUCAGUGGAUCGACGCGAGUUUGAGCGACGUGCAGGUAUCGGGUUUGGCGAACAUUGCCAGCAGCGCGCUGGUGACAGGGAAGGGCGAUAGCGGACGAUGGGGAACUGCACACGCAACAGUAGUACCCUACCGAGCCUACAAGACAAAAGACACCAACAUCGCAGUCGGCGGCUGCAACGACCGCCUAUACGGCAUCCUCUGCGACAAGCUCCAGCGUCCAGAAUGGAAAACCGAUCCCCGCUUCCUCACGAACGCGCUCCGCGUCAAGCACCGUACCGAGAUCGACACGCUUGUAGAGGCCGAGCUCAUGACCAAGACAACGCAGGAAUGGCUCGAAAUCUUUGAAGGAAGCGGGAUGCCAUACGCGGCUGUCAACGAUAUCAAGGGCACGGUCGAGCACGAGCAUGUUCUUGCGCGUAAUAUGAUCGAAGAGGUUGAGCACCCUGCUGUGGGCAAGGUGAAGCUUGUCAAUCAUCCGGUCAAAUAUUCGAGAGCAGAGCCGCGGAUCAGAAGUCCGCCACCGUUGUUGGGUCAGCACACGGAUGAGAUAUUGAGGGACGUACUGGGGUACGACGAAGCCGGUAUCAGAGAGCUGAGAGAGAAGAAGGUAGUCGCGUAG